AUGGAGAAACUUGAGGAAAUUUAUGGAGUAGGUUGCCGGCAGCUGAAAGCUACUUCUAAUGGUAUGUCGGAAGUACAGAACUUCCGAAAGCAGAAAUUAGUUAAAACUCGUGGGGAGAAUGUACCGAAGCAUCCAAAGAGUUUGGCAACUACAAGAUUGAAGGUCCUUUAUCUGUCGGAUUGCGGAAUGUUGAAAGAAACUCUUAAGCUCGCUGCAUUUUUAUCCUUAGAAGAACUAGUUCUAAAGGGGUGUACAAUGCUUACAACACUUUCCGACUCAAUCGGAAUGCUGGAAUAUUUAGUUGAGUUGGAUGUCUCACGCACAAACAUUGUAGAGUUGCCAGAUAGCAUUGUCCAUCUAAAGAACUUGAAAGUGUUGAGGGUUAACGGUACUGGCAUACAAAAGUUACCUGAUUGCAUUGGGAUGAUGGAGACACUUGAGAAAAUUUAUGGACUAGCUUGCCGGCAGCUAGAAGUAAUUCCUAGUGAUAUUGUGGGACUUCCAUCCUUGCAAAUUUUGCAAUUAACGGAAACUCUUGUGGAGAAUAUAUCGAAACUUCCACAGAGUUUGGUGGCUACAAGAUUGAAGGUUCUUGAUCUAUCGCAAUGCAGAAUGUUGAAAGAAACUCCUGAGCUAUCUGCAUUUUUAUCCUUAGAAAAUUUAAUUCUAAAGGGGUGUGAAAUGCUUACAAAACUUUCCGAGUCGAUCGGAAUGCUGAAAUAUUUAGUUGAGUUGGAUGUCUCAGGCACAAACAUUGUAGAGUUGCCAAAUAGCAUUGUCCAUCUAAAGAAAUUGAAAGUGUUGAGGGUUAACGGUACUGGCAUACAAAAGUUACCUGAUUGCAUUGGGAUGAUGGAGAAACUUGAGGAAAUUUAUGGAGUAGGUUGCCGGCAGCUAGAAGUGAUUCCUAGUGAUAUUGUGGGACUACCAUCCUUGCAAAUUUUGCAAUUAACAGAAACUCGUGUGGAGAAUAUACCGAAGCUUCCACAGAGUUUGGUGGCUACAAGAUUGAAGGUUCUUGAUCUAUCGCAAUGCAGAAUGUUGAAAGAAACUCCUGAGCUAUCUGCAUUUUUAUCCUUAGAAAAUUUAAUUCUAAAGGGGUGUGAAAUGCUUACAAAACUUUCCGAGUCGAUUGGAAUGCUGAAAUAUUUAGUUGAGUUGGAUGUCUCAGGCACAAGCAUUGUAGAAUUGCCAAGUAGCAUUGUCAAUCUAAAGAGCUUGAAAGUGUUGAAUAUUAAUGGUAGUUGCAUGCAAAAGUUACCUGAUGUCAUUGAGAAGAUGGAGAAACUUGAGGAAAUUUAUGGAGUAGGUUGCCGGCAGCUGGAAGCUACUUCUAAUGGUAUUUCGGAAGUACAGAACUUCCGAAAGCAGAAAUUAGUUAAAACUCGUGGGGAGAAUGUACCGAAGCGUCCAGAUAGUUUGGCAACUACAAGAUUGAAGGUCCUUUAUCUGUCGGAUUGCGGAAUGUUGAAAGAAACUCUUAAGCUCGCUGCAUUUUUAUCCUUAGAAGAAUUAGUUCUAAAGGGGUGUACAAUGCUUACAAAACUUUCCGACUCAAUCGGAAUGCUGGAAUAUUUAGUUGAGUUGGAUGUCUCACGCACAAACAUUGUAGAGUUGCCAAAUAGCAUUGUCCAUCUAAAGAACUUGAAAGUGCUGAGGGUUAAUGGUACUGGCAUACAAAAGUUACCUGAUUGCAUUGGGAUGAUGGAGAAACUUGAGAAAAUUUAUGGAAUAGGUUGCCGGCAGUUAGAAGUGAUUCCUAGUGAUAUUGUGGGACUACCAUCCUUGCAAAUUUUGCAAUUAACGGAAACUCGUGUGGAGAAUAUACCGAAGCUUCCACAGAGUUUGGUGGCUACAAGAUUGAAGGUUCUUGAUCUAUCAUGCUGCAAAAUAUUGAAAGAAACUCCUGAGUUCUCUACAUUGUUAUCCUUAGAAAAAUUAAUUCUAAGUGGAUGUCAAAUGCUUACGAAACUUUCUGACUCGAUUAGAAUGCUGAAAUAUUUAGUUGAGUUGGAUGUCUCAUGCACAAACAUUGUCGAGUUGCCAAAUAGCAUUGUCAAUCUAAAGAGCUUGAAAGUGUUGAAGAUUGGUGGCAGUUGCAUGAAAAAGUUACCUAAUGUCAUUGGGAUGAUGGAGAAACUUGAGGAAAUUUAUGGAGAGGGUUGUCGGCAACUAGAAGUGAUUCCUAGUGAUAUUGUGGGACUAUCAUACUUGCAGAUUUUGAAAUUAACAGAAACUCGUAUGGAGAAUAUACCAAAGCUUCCAGAGAGUUUGUGUGUUGGACAGCUACCCUCUGAUUUGAGGAUAUUUACAAUUACCAAUUGCAGAUUUCUUGAAGUUGUGGACCUUUCCAACUUAUCUAACUUCAAGAAUCUUGAGGACGUUAAAGUAUGGGAUUGUUUGAGAUUGGUUGAAAUUCGAGGUAUCGACAGACUAGAAUCAUUGAAAAGUCUUUACAUCGAACACUGUAGUCCCUUGUUACGCUUACCUGAUCUAUCCACCUGGAAGGAGCUGACGGAGUGGGAUGUUGAUGCUCUUGUGACAGAUUUGGCGAGAGGAAAACAAGUAGCUCGAAGUGAUGAUCUCCCACUCUAG